AUGGGCGACGUUUGCAGUGCUCCCUACGAUGAACCGCAGGAGUUGCUAGCUGUGGAUACCGCAGAGGCUGUGCUCCCAUUGCUACAAAAGGAGACAUUCUCAGUAUCUCUCAGAGCAUUGCGCGAUGCCUUUGAUCAGUGUGAUGCAAACAAAGACAACUUCGUGACAAAGAUCGAGCUCAUCAAAGCCUGCCGCAGCCACCCAAACAUUGCGCAGCUUUUUGGCAUUCCUGAACAUCUCCGAGAGAAUGCUCGGGAACAGUUUGAACAGGUGUUCCAAGCCAUGGAUAGAGACGGCGAUCGAAGGUUGACGUUCGAUGAGCUGAAAGCCUACUUUGUGCGUGGCGGAGUUUUACUUCAGCCAGAUGAGAACCCAGCUACAGAAACUUCCUUUCCACUGAGCAAAGUCAUCAGUCCCAAAACAUGCUGA